AUGUCGGGCCCGGGCCCCACCAGCAGCACACUCCGCCUUCGAAAAGGCGUAGGUGAAGCGCAUCGCGAUGUUGCCCCAGACGUGGACGAAGAUGACCAGUUAGACGUCCAGAACCCGCGCAAUCGCAGCUAUGUCGAAAGGCUGUUCGAAACCGAGCAAAUCAACAUUGUGAUGAUCGUUGCAUUGACCACGAUUGCCUUUGCUCUCCGUUUCUACAAAAUCAACCAUCCAGACCAGGUCGUUUUCGACGAGGUUCAUUUCGGCAAGUUCGCCUCCUAUUACAUCACAAGACAGUACUACUUCGACGUACACCCUCCAUUUGCGAAGCUCCUCUUCGGUCUUGCUGGUUGGUUCGUUGGCUACGAUGGCUCCUUCGGCUUCGAGAAUAUCGGCGACAGCUACACUGAGGCCCAUGUUCCUUAUGUCGGCAUGCGUGCUCUUCCAGCCAUUCUGGGUAGUCUCACUGUUCCUGUUGUCUACGCGAUCAUGAAGGAGUGCGGCUACUCGACCAUUGUUGCCGUCUUCUCUGCCUCCAUCGUCUUGUUCGAUAAUGCGCACGUUGCCCAGGAUCGUCUUAUUCUCCUCGAUGCUACGCUCAUCUUCUUCAUGUCCUUGACUAUAUACUCGUACAUCAGAUGGAGAAAGCUCCGAUACAGGGACUUCUCCUGGGAUUGGUGGGUUUGGAUUCUUGCAACCGGAACCUUCAUGGCCCUUACUUGGGCCUCGAAGGUUAAUGGUAUCCUGACUGUUGUUGCCGUUGGAAUCGCUGUCUUGAUCGACCUAUGGGACAUAUUGGAUAUCAAAAAGGGCCAUAGCAUGGAAUAUUUCUGGAGACACUUCAUCGCUCGGGCUGCUGCCUUCAUUGUGCUCCCCCUCUUCAUAUACCUCUCCACUUUCUAUGUCCAUCUUUCCAUUUUGACUAAUUCCGGCACUGGCGAUUCUUUCAUGAGCCCUUCAUUCCAGGAGACCCUUCGCGGCAACGAGUUAUUGCUAAACAGUCAAGAGCUCCGGUACUUCGACACCAUCACGAUCAGGCACAAGGAUACUCGUGUCUUCUUGCAUUCGCACCCAGAUCGCUACCCUCUGAAGUACGAAGACGGUCGUAUCAGUAGCCAGGGCCAGCAAGUCACCGGCUACGGCCACGACGACUCCAACAACCAUUGGCAGAUCAUCCCGACUAAGGCGCUGCCUGAGACUGGCCGUGGUCGUAUCGUCCGCCACGAUGAUGUCAUCCAGCUACUUCAUGUCAACACUCAGACACACUUGAUGACCCACGACGUUGCGUCCCCGCUCAUGCCGACGAACGAGGAGUUCACAACUUGGCCAAAAGACGACCACUCGCGCUACAAUGACACCCUCUUCCAGGUUCGCCUUGUCGAUGGUUAUGAGGGCGAGGAGUGGAAGAGCAAGUCCGGCCACUUCCGCUUGGUCCACGUCCCUACAAAGGUCGCCAUGUGGACGCAUCCAAAGCAGCUCCCUGACUGGGCGUACAAGCAACAGGAGAUCAACGGGAACAAGAACGUGAACGACAAGACCGCUAUUUGGUUUGUUGACGACAUCGUCGCCGACGAGACUGGCGAGGAUAUAAAGGAGCGCAUUGGCGACGCCGCUCCAAAGGAACCGAAGUCCUUGAAUUUCUUCACCAAGUUCUUGGAGCUGCAGAUCCUCAUGUUGCAGCACAAUGCUGGUCUAACUGCCUCGCAUCCCUAUGCUAGUGGUCCCAUCAACUGGCCAUUCCUUAUCAGUGGUAUCAGCUUCUGGACGCAGUCUGAGGGCCAGAAGCAGAUCUACUUCAUUGGUAACCUCGUUGGUUGGUGGACUUGCGUCAUUGGCAUCUCGUUGUACACGGGUAUCAUGCUUGCGGAUAUUAUCGCGCGGCGUCGUGAUAUUGAGCCUCUCACUGAACCCGUCCGUCAUCGUCUUGUCAACUCGACCGGGUUUUUCAUCCUCUUCUGGGCCGUCCACUACUUCCCCUUCUUCAUCAUGAGCCGCCAGCUGUUCCUCCACCAUUAUCUUCCCUCGCACCUCAUCUCAGCGCUCGUCGCGGGAUCUGUUCUGUCUUUCGCCCUCUCGGAAACUAUCAAUUACCCUAUCUCAAUAUGGGGUCCCCGUCUGCGUUCUAACAAGAGGCCGACCUACGCCGACUUGGGGAUGCGUGGCCCGAUCUUCGUCGGCGUCUUCACGUUGAUCCUCCUCAUCUUGUUCAUCUACUUGGCGCCCCUGACUUAUGGCACGCCGGGAUUGGAUGGCCAGUCUGUCAACCGUCACCGCCUGUUGUCGAGCUGGACCCUCCACUUCGCGGCGAAGCCGACCGACGCUCCGUAGAAUGCUUUGUAUGGAUGGUAGCAGCGUGUUGAGUCUGCGCUAGCGCGGA